AUGAUUAGAGAAUGUGUUGCAGCGCAUGAACUGAAUACGAUAUUGGCGUUAUUCAACCUUCUUGCCAAUUAUCUAGUGGGUGGUCGGGCGUGGUGGCGGCAGGAGCCGCGAGCCCGGCACCAUGGCGACGGUGGAGGGGCGGCCCGCCCAAUAUGGGGUGACGCUGCGGCAGCUGCGCGAGCUGAUGGAGACGCGCGGCGCGGAAGGAAUAGCGAAGAUCAACGCGCUCGGCGGCCCACAGGAACUCUGCAAGAAACUUUACACCUCACCCACGGAUGGUAA